AUGAUGUUCCUACUGCAAGGAGCCCAGAUGCUACAAAUGCUGGAGAAGUCCUUGAGGAAGAGCCUUCCAGAAUCCUUAAAGGUUUAUGGGACUGUCUUCCACAUGAACCAGGGAAACCCAUUCAGGCUAAAGGCCCUUGUGGACAAGUGGCCAGAUUUUAACACAGUGGUUGUCCACCCUGAGGAACAGGAGAUGAUAGAUGACCUUGAUCACUACACAAAUACCUACCAAGUCUACUCCAAGGAUCCCAAGAACUGUCAGGAAUUCCUCAGCUCACCAGAAGUCAUCAACUGGAAACAGCACUUGCAAAUCCAAAGUUCACAGUCCAGUCUAAAUGAGGUGAUACAAAGUCUUGCAGCCACUAAAACCUUCAAGGUCAAGCACACUCAGUGCUUCCUCUAUAUGACGUCUGAGACUGCAAAGAAACUCGCUCCUUCCUUGCUGGAUGCAGAGAACUUAUCAUUGAAGACUGGCAGGCCCAAGGCCAUGUGA